AUGAAUUAUCCUAUUUCACCCAAAAUAAUGAAUAACUAAUCAUUUUCAUUUGAAUUCACUUCAAAAUAUAAAUAUAGAUAAAGAGAUGAAGGUCUUGUCAUUUCAAUAGAUCCUACAAAUACUCUCUUAAUUAUUAGUUCCAAAAAAUAUAUUAGAAUAAACUAAUUUAAACAUGGAUAUUUGAAAUAACUUUAAUAAAUCUAUAAGCAUCUCAAUACAGUUUGCAUACUUAAUUUUUCUUUAAAAAAUCUAAAUUUAUUUCUGGAUCAAAGAAUGCUUAAAUUUUUAUAUGGUCUUCAAAUUUAAUUUCUAAUCCUAAAGACUUAACUAAAUUGAUUGGAAACUCUUAAUAUUUAUAAUGUCUAAUUAAACCAUCUAAGUCAGAUGAAUUAAUUAUAUAUGCCACAAAUCAUAAAAAUAAUGGAAUCAGAUUUCAUUCUUACUCAACCUUAUCCACAUGGUCUUUUAUAUAGUGUCUCGAUUUGCAUUCUUCAAUGGUUCUUGGAUUGUCGAUUAAUGAAGAGGCAAAUAAAAUAAUUUCAUGGGGAAAAGAUUGUUUAAUUUUGAUUAUGGAAUGUUCUGAUCAAUCAUUAUGGCAUGUAAAAUACAAGAUAUCAACUUAAUCAUGGGAUCUUAGAAUUUGUUUUAUAAAUAGUUCAUUAUUUGCUUUUUUACCGAAUGAAAACGAUCCUUUUAAAACAGCUUUAAAAAAUAUCCAUUUCUAUAUAUUUUCAGAGCUCCAAAUUGAAGGAUGA